GAAAACAUUGGAUGGGUGGGAAGAGAGAAUCUCGCUUAGCGACCGCCUCAUAUAUUCUCCCUUGAUCCAUUAAACCCUCUUUUAGUUCCUCGCUGUCUUUCUCUCCUUGUUGCUGCUUCUCUCCCCUUCUCAAACUCCAGAGCACAGCGGCUUCUGCUCUGAAUCUUCUCGAAAAAAGUAGAGCUUUCAGAGCUUGACGCUUCGCAAUUCUAGUUUUGCCUUCUGCCCCUUCUUCCUGCCUGUGGACAGGAUAUAUAACUGGACAAGCUGGCUAUCGAGAAUCAACAGCAGUCUAUCGGGGUUGUCAAGGCCAAGCAAAAGAAAGUCAUGGUGAGCUUGACAGUCAAAACGGGGGACGAUGAUCUAGGUCCGCCAUGGUUGAAGCCGAUGUUGAAGGCUAACUACUUUAGUCCCUGUAGAAUCCAUUGUGACUCAAACAAGAGCGAGUGCAACCUCUAUUGCUUGGACUGCAUGGGUGAUGCUCUCUGCUCCUACUGCGUGAUUCACCACCGAGACCAUCACAUUGUUCAGAUACGGAGAUCAUCGUACCACAACGUGAUAAGGGUCAAUGAGGUUCAGAAAUACAUCGACAUCUCAGCCAUUCAAACCUACAUUAUCAACAGCGCCAAGAUCGUUUUUCUCAACGAGCGGCCUCAGCCAAGGCCGGGGAAGGGCGUGACCAACACCUGUGAGAUCUGCUGCCGAAGCCUCCUCGAUUCUUUCAGGUUCUGCUCUCUUGGAUGUAAGCUCGGAGGCAUCAAGCGUGGUGACCCGGACCUGACAUUCACAUUGCGAUCGAAACACAGCCGAGACGCGUUGCAUGGAUGGGAAUCGUCGGACGAUUCGUCGACGCCGAAGAAGAUCCGAAAGACCUCUGUCUUCAAUCGCUUCAUUGAACUGGCGGUUUCAUCCGAUGGUGAAAAGGAUGGCAUUGAGAAGUUUAAUAGCUCGGGUUACGAUGCCGUGAACAUUUCUCCGGGGACUCCUCCGAUUGUCAAUUACAGGACGUCCAGGAGGAAGGGAAUCCCACAUCGAGCCCCAUUCUGAAAUAAGUAGAAUUAACAAAAAAAAAAAAGAUAUAUAAAUAAAGCUGAAAAAAAGAAUGUAAAAAGGGGGUGGAAAAGGGUCCUCAGUUGUGUGAAAUAAACGUGGAAAGGUAAUAGUAAGAAGGGUCUUUUAGAGAAAGGGAAGGGAAUACUUGAACAAAGGCAUAGAAAAAGGAACAAAGUUAAAUAUAUAUAAUUAGAUGUACAGAAUGUAAAUAGAAGGAAUAUAAACUAUAACGGUGUGUUUGAAUAACUAUGAUAUUUUCCUUUUGAUUUUAAGCCAUAACCCCUUGAAGAUAGGAUUGAAGCUAAGUCUUGUUUCAUAAGCUAUAGGAGUAGGGGAAGCAUCACUUUGCAUAAAUGCUUAAAGUAUAUUCUUGUAAAUAAUUCCUGGCUAGGUGUAGCUGUUUACAUAUAUGGUGAUGGUGUAACCUGUAGAUGUGGAGAAGCUAAGGAUAUAUAGAGAGAGAGAGUGUGUGUGUGGAAGUGGCAUUUUUAUAAUGUACAGAGAAAUUACUUUUUAAGAUAAAGAUGUUGUCUUUAUCCUUGUUUGUUUUUUU